UCGGUCGAUAUGCGGACGCUGAGGAGUGACGCAUUCUGGGAUAUAAACACGAAUUUGCAGCGAUGCUUUGGUGAAGAUUUACUCAAGACUAAAACACUACAAAAAUGAAGCGUGUUUUCACCCUCACAGACAGAGCUUGGUUGGGGUCCUGUCUCCAGUACAAAUGGCAGAAGACCCUGGGGAACUACAUCGCUGUCGCAGGAUCUGACAGCUCAGUGAAGAUAUUUGACCGACAUGGACAGAGGAAGAAUGAACUAAAUCUACCUGGGCGUUGUGUCGGGAUGGACUGGGAUAAGGACGGAGACAUCUUGGCAGUGAUCUCUGACAAGUCCAGCUCCGUUUACCUCUGGGACGCUAACGUCAACAAGACCUCACAGAUAGACAGCGGCAUGAGAGACCAGAUGUCAUUCAUCCUGUGGUCGAAUGCUGGGCCCCUAUUGGCUGUCGGGACCAACAAAGGAAACCUGCUGAUCUACAACCAACAGACGUCACGCAAGAUCCCUGUCCUGGGAAAGCACACUAAGCGUAUCACCUGUGGCUGCUGGAGUUCUCAGAACCUGUUGGCGCUGGGCAGCGAGGACUGCAGCGUAACCAUUAGCAACCAGGAGGGAGACACCGUCCGACAGACGUCGGUGCGUUCUGACCCAGCUGAUGUCCAGUUCUCUGUGAUGAAGACAGACGAGAGGUCUUCCCCAGGAGAGAGCACAGUGAGCGUUGCCGUGGGGAAGAAGACCCUGUUCCUGUUUAACCUCAACGACCCCGACAACCCCAUAGAGCUGGCCUUCCAACAGCGCUACGGACACAUAAUCUCCUACCGCUGGUAUGGUGAUGGCUACAUCCUGAUCGGUUUCUCUCAGGGUUAUUUUGUGGUGAUCUCCACCCACAUCAGAGAGAUCGGUCAGGAGCUGUUCCAAGCUCACAACCAUAAAGACAGUCUGACCAGCGUUGCCAUUUCCUCUGCUCUCAACAAGGCUGCUUCCUGUGGGGACAACAGUAUAAAGAUCCAUGAUCUGUCUGAGCUGAAGGAGAUGGACGCCAUCGUCAACCUGGAGGAUGAGACUCAAGGUCUAGACCAGUUGAGCUGGACAGAUGAUGGUCAGUUGUUGGCCGUCUCCACCCAGAGAGGAGCCCUGCACGUCUUCCUGACCCGUCUCCCCAUCCUGGGGCACAGCUGUGGGACACGCCUGGCCUACCUGACCUCCCUGCUGGAGGUCACCGUGUCUAACCGCGUAGAGGGGGAAGCUCCUGUUGCUGUGGCGGUGGAGGUGGAGCCUAACUUCAUCGCCGUGGGACCCUACCACGUUGCCGUGGGGAUGAACAACCGAGCCUGGUUCUACGCCCUGGGAGACUCCGGUGUGGAGAGGCUGAAGGACGUGGAGUAUUUGGGGACGAUCGCCACCAUGUGUCUGAACUCAGAAUACGCAGCGGCUCUGUUUGAGGGCAAAGUACAGCUACACAUGAUGGAGGGCGAGGGCCAACAGGAACAGAGACAGACCAGGCUGUUUCCAGACGGAGACCGUAAAGAACACAUCGUCAGUCACGCCCUCACUAACGACUUCCUGUUCUACGGGACUGAUAGUGGUGUGAUAGUGUGCAUCCUGGUGGAAGACUGGCAGAUGUUGAACGAGUACCGCCACCCAGUCGGCAUCAAGAAGGUGUUCCCUGACCCCAACGGAACGCGGCUGGCCUUCAUCGACGACAAGAGUGACGGCUUCCUGCUCUCCCCUGUGGCUGUGAAUGACUCCCAUGUAGAGAUUCCUAGUUUUUCUCCCACCAUCACUGGGGUCCUGUGGGAGACCUGGCCCUCGGACAAAGGAGUGUUCGUAUCCUUCGACGACGACAAGGUCUACACCUACGCCAUGCAUAAAAACACCAUCUACGGUCCCAGGGUAGUGUUUGUAGGCAGCACCAAGCUGCCUUUCUCCCAUAAGCCCUUGCUGCUGUAUAAUGGUGAACUGACGUGUCAGACCCAGAGUGGAAAGACCAGCAGCGUGGCUCUGAGCACACACACCUUUCUCACACACACACACUCCCCCGGUGCACACACACACACACCUGAGGAGCUCGGCAAGCAGCUCACACAGGCGCUGAUGCUCAAGAGGUUCCCCGAGGCGUGGGAGCUGUGUAAGGUGCUGGGCGGCCCGGUGGGCUGGGCUGAGAUGGGCCGGUCCUGUCUGAUACACAUGGAGGUGGAGCUGGCAGUACGGGUGUUCCGGAUGAGUGGCAACGUUGGCAUGGUGAUGUCACUGCAGGGCAUCAAGGGUAUAGAAGACAGGAGUUUGUUAGCAGGUCAUCUGGCUAUGUUCCUGAAUGACUAUAACCUGGCUCAGGACCUCUACCUAGAGUCUUCCUGUCCCAACACAGCCCUGGAGAUGAGGAGGGACCUGCAGCAUUGGGACAGUGCUCUGAUGCUGGCUAAGAGACUGGCUGAGGACCAGAUACCGUUCAUAUCCAAGGAGUACGCUGUUCAACUGGAGUUCAUGUAAGAUUAUCUUUCCUCCUUUUUACACCUGUGUGUGUGUGUGUGUGUGUGGUUCCAGGAGCAUGAUGAGGCAUGUCAGGGGGGUGUGGCCAGGAUGUCAAUCAGGAUGGGUGACAUCAGAAGAGGCGCGGCCCAGGCCAUCUCUCACCCGAGCAGAGGCCUGAAGAAAGACUGUGGGGUUAUACUGGAGAACAUGAAGCAGUUCUCUGAAGCAGCCCAGCUGUAUGAGAAGGGGCAGUACUAUGACAAGGCUGCCUCAGUCUACAUACGCUGCAAGAACUGGUCUAAAGUAGGAGAGUUACUUCCUCAGGUCUCCUCUCCUAAGAUCCACCUGCAGUACGCCAAGGCCAAGGAGGUGGACGGCAAGUUUAAGGAGGCUGCCCAGGCCUAUGAGAGUGCCAGGGACUGGGACAACGUGAUCCGGGUGUUGCUGGAUCACCUCAACAACCCUGAAGACGCCGUCCGCAUUGUCAGGGAGACGCAGAGCAUCGACGGGGCCAAGAUGGUUGCCAGGUUCUUCCUGCGUCUAAGUGACUACGGCUCAGCCAUCCAGUUCCUGGUGUUGUACUGUAACGACGAGGCCUUCCAGCUGGCACAGCAACACGGGCAGAUGGACAGCUACGCUGACAUCAUCAGCUCUGAGGCCACCCAGGAGGACUACCAGAGUAUGGCUCUCUACUUCCAGGGGGAGAACAAACACCUGCAGGCUGGGAGGUUCUUCCACAAGUGUGGCCAGUACAGCAAAGCCCUGAAGCACUUCCUGAAAUGUCCCAACACUGAUGACAACCUGGCCAUCGAGAUGGCUAUAGAGACGGUGGGCCAAGCCAAGGAUGAGUCUUUGACCAAUCAGCUGAUUGAUUACCUGAUGGGGGAAAGUGACGGCAUGCCCAAGGAUGCCAAGUACCUGUUCCGUCUCUACAUGGGCCUGCUGCAGUACAGAGAGGCAGCAUGUACUGCCAUCAUCAUCGCUAGAGAGGAGCAGUCUGCAGGGAACUACCGUACCGCCCAUGACGUGCUGUUCAGUAUGUACACUGAGCUGCAGACACAGAAGAUCAGAAUCCCUGCUGAGAUGAACACCAACCUCAUGAUCCUCCACUCAUACAUCCUGGUUAAGAUCCAUGUGAAGAGAGGGGAGCAUCUGAAAGCAGCUCGCAUGCUCAUCAGAGUUUCCAACAACAUCAGCAAAUUCCCCUCCCACAUCGUACCCAUCCUGACGUCAGCGGUGAUAGAGUGUCACCGGGCCGGUCUGAGGAACUCCUCGUUCAGCUUCGCCGCCAUGCUGAUGAGGCCAGAGUACCGUCACAAGAUCGACCCCAAGUACCGCAAGAAGAUAGAGGCUAUGGUCCGUCGUCCAGACACCAGUGAGAUAGAAGAGGAGACCACUCCUUGUCCAUAUUGUGGUUUCACACUGCCCCAGUGUGAACUGAUCUGUCCUGGCUGCAAGAACAACCUGCCCUACUGCAUCGCCACGGGUCAUCACAUGCUGAAAGAGGAUUGGUCAGUUUGUCCUCACUGUGAAUUCCCUGCUCUCUACUCCCAGCUCAUCCUGCUGUUGGAGACAGAUAGUGUAUGUCCCAUGUGUUCCGAGACUCUGAGUGUGAACCAGGUGGAGAAGAUGGAUGACUGUUCCAGCUUCCUGCAGCCUGACCAAUCAGAGCACUGAUACAGAGAUCUGUGGUGAUGUGGCCUGGUGGUGUACGACAUAGAGGACUGCUGCUGAGGGGAGGACGGAUCGUCAUAAUGUCUGGAACGGGAAACAAUGGAAGCCACGUGUCUUCUACCGUUCUACCACAUAAUACCCAUAACACCUAGCGGUCAAACAGGGAAAUCGUUCCGGUGUCUGGAACGGAAACAAUGGAAGCCAUGUGUUUAAUUACCUUCACACUCAUUCCUCUCAGGACAUGACCAAGAUCCCGUCCUCCCGGAUUAAGGAGCUACCAACCUCCUGUGAUAGGGGAACGGGAGCCAGGGACAUAAUCCACUCCUCCAUGUUUCUCUACCACCUGUUAAACUGUUGAUAUAGACAGCUGUAGACGUCCUCCUCCUCCUCCAUGUUUCUCUACCACCUGUCAAACUGUUGAUAUAAACAGCUGUAGACGUCCUCCUCCUCCAUGUUUCUCUACCACCUGUUAAACUGUUGAUAUAGACAGCUGUAGACGUCCUCCUCCUCCUCCAUGUUUCUCUACCACCUGUUAAACUGUUGAUAUAGACAGCUGUAGACGUCCU